GAAAAACCUGUGUUAGCAUAUAGAAGACAUGGCGGGUUUGAGUGACAAAAUGUUCAGCUGCCGUUGGGUCUGUCACAAAGUUCCCUUGGCCCACAGGGAAGAACUUUACCAAAUCUUGAAGAUGACAGGGCCUCUGCUGCUCUCUCGAAUCCUCAAUUAUCUACUUCCAUUUGUGGUCACCAUGUUCUGCGGCCGUCUGGGCAACGAUGUGAUGGCGGGCUACGGAUUAGCGUCUGCUACCAUCAAUGUCACCACAGCAGCAACAGGAUUCGGUCUGGGCCUAGCUUGUGAUACACUGGUGUCUCAGACUUUUGGCGGUAAGAACCUACUACGUGUGGGUGUGAUCCUUCAGCGAGGCGUCAUCAUAUUGCUGCUGUUCUGUCUUCCCUGCUGGGGUCUGCUCCUCAAUGCUCAGCCCAUCCUGCUCCUCCUAGGCCAGGACCCUGAAGUGACCCGGAUAGCACAACUCUACAUCAUCGCCUCACUUCCGGCUGUGCCAGCAAUGUUUCUGCAUAAUCUGCAAGUGUCUUACCUGCAGAAUCAGGGUAUAAUACUACCACAAAUGUACACUGCCGCCAUGGCAAAUGUUGCCAAUGUGAUGAUGAACUACAUAUUCUUAUACUGGCUGGAUUUAGGAGUGAAUGGAUCUGCGGCCGCAAAUGCUCUCUCCCAAAUAUCCAUCUGUGUUUUCCUGUUUGCUUACAUUCGGUGGAAGAAGCUGCAUGAUACAACAUGGGGAGGUUGGUCUUUGGAAUCGCUGCAGGAAUGGGGUGCCUACAUGAAGCUGGCAAUUCCCAGUAUGCUCAUGAAGUGCUUUGAGUGGUGGGUCUAUGAGUUUGGAGGAUUCUUUGCAGGGAUGAUGAGUGAAGACGAGCUGGCUGCCCAACAUGUUGUAAUGAUGGUCACCUUAAUCGCAUACAUGUUCCCUUUCGGCAUCCAGGCUGCAGCGUGUGCUCGGGUGGGUAACGCUUUGGGUGCAGGAGACACUAGCCGAGCCAUCCUCACCUGCAAGGUGUCCCUCACCCUUGCAGGUGCAUUCGCGGUGGUUGAAGGUGUCGUGCUCGCAUCCACUAAGAGUGUGAUUGGUGCCAUCUUCACCUCUGAUCAGAAGAUCAUCAGCCUGGUCUCUCACCUGAUGAACGCUUACUGCUUCCUCCAGUUCUUCGAUGGCCUUGUGUGUGUGUGCACAGGCAUCUUCUUGGGGACUGGAAAACAGAAUAUACCGGCUGUGGCUAACUUCAUUGGAUACUACUGCAUCGGCCUCACACUCAGUGUUACACUCAUGUUUGUUGCAAAGCUGAGGGUUCUAGGUUUCUGGCUGGGGAUCUUAAUUUGUGUCAUCUUGCAGUCCACAUUUUAUAUUAUUGUCAUAUUCAAGCUGGACUGGAAGCAGAUGACAGAAGAGGCUGUAAAGCGAGCCCAGAAAAGCACCCACGUUGACGGAAUAGGUCCAGCUACCCAGGACCAGUACCAGCCUGUCCUGUCUGAGGACAACAACACGGUCACACAGGAUCUGAACGCUGACCACCUCUCAUUGAGCCAACUGCUCCUUAGGCGAGGUCUCACACUGUUUACUGCUCUCGCUCUCCUAGCGGUGGGCGUAUGUUUGUACUACUUGAUUCCUUUACCGGAGACGAUGCACCCUAAAAGUAAUACGACUACAACACUCUGGAGUAAUAGCACUUAUUCUGAUCAUCUCAACUGAGAGGCCAUUAUAUUUAUUUUUCUCCAAUAGUGUCCUAUUAAUUUCUCUUCCAACUGAUAUGUAUUUCAUAUUUACUGGAAUGAUUCACUUACAAAACUAAUGUAUCUGAGUAAACUGA